AUGGCAAUGCACAUCUAUGUUAAGAGUGGUGUGUGGAGAUUGUUUGACAAUCGUGAGUGGAGAUUUAUUAUUGAUGAAGAAAAUCGUGGAAGAUUACUAACUUUGGAAUCGAGUACAACACAUGAAGAAAUGAAGAUUAUGGUUUCAGAAGCCUAUGGAAUAGAGCCUAGUAUGUUUGAUAUGGAGCUAAGUUUUUUACCCACAGAUCUCUCUGCUGAUUGUCCUCCUGUCGUUAUGAUGAACAAUAGUCAGGUCACAAAUUUUCUUUCAUACUAUAAAAAGAAGAAAACAAUAAAUUUGUGUGUGACAUUCAAAGGUGGUGUUGAGGAUGUUGGGAGCAAAUUCAAACUGGAUUUGAAUAAAGAACCAGGGGUUUCAAGUGAUGAAGAUGGUGAUGGGAAUAAAGCAUCCGUCGAAAACGCUGGUUAUGGUGUUGGAACGUUGUUCAAAGGUGUGAGCGUAAGGAAAGGUCAAUAUUUCAAAAGCAAAGAAGUGUUACAAGCAACAAUGGAAUUGUAUGCGAUGAGGUACAACUGUGACUACAGGGUUACAAAAUCUGAUACAAAAUUCUGGUGUAUACGCUGCAUAGAGGAUAUUUGCAAAUGGAGUCUUCGUGCUGAGUGUUUAAAUGGGUCUACGUAUUUCAAGAUCAACAAGUUUGUGGGGGACCAUAAUUGUGCUCCUUCAAAGAAGAAGAAAUUUUGUAGGACACCUUCAGCUAAAACAAUUGGACAUCUCAUUAUGCAGAAUUAUGAGGGUGUAUUGGAAGGGCCUAAACCGAAUGAUAUCAUUAAUAUUAUUCGUACAGAGUAUGGUUGUGAUUUAACUUACUCUCAAACAUGGGAGUCGCGCGAGUAUGCAAUGAACGAAGUUAGAGGAAUUCCUGAGAAGAGUUAUGGUAAAAUUCCAAAGUACUUGUACAUGAUACAAGAAGCGAAUCCGGGUACGUUUACAAAUUAUGAAGUUGAUUGCGACAGUAGAUUCAAAUAUCUAUUUAUUUCUUUUGGUCAGUCCAUAAGAGGAUUUUACAAGGGAAUGAGGAAAGUAAUUGUGGUUGAUGGAACAUUUCUGAAGAACAAAUACAAAGGAGUUAUGCUAGUUGCUACAGUUGUAGAUGGUAACUCUAAUUUGUAUCCAAUAGCAUUUGGAAUUGCUGAUUCUGAGAAUGAUUCUUCAUGGGAGUGGUUUUUUGAGCAGCUUAAGGUUGUUAUUGGAGAUGAUAAAGAUUUAUCUUUCAUAUCAGAUAGGCAUGUGUCAAUUAGCAAAUCACUUGAAAAAAUCUAUCCAUUGUCUACUCAUGGUAUUUGCAUCCAUCACUUGAUUGGUAAUGUUAUUACAUAUCACAAGGGAAGGGGUGUGGUUGAUUUGGUUUCAAGAGCGUCUAAAGCUUAUAGAGUUGUUGAGUUUGAAAAACUUUUUGGAGAAAUUUGCAACAUCAGUCCUGCGAUUGGAGAGUACCUAGAGGAUGCUCAGGUUAAAAAAUGGGCUCGAUACCAUUUCCCUGGAUACAUAUAUGACUUGAACACAAACAAUGCUGCAGAAUCGAUCAAUUCAGCUUUGAGAUCACCUAGAGAGUAUCCAGUAAUCCCUUUAUUAGACACCAUCAGAGAGAUGUUAACACACUGGUUUUUUGAGCGAAGAGAAUUAAGUGCCAAGCAGAAAGAUCCUUUAACUGUUAAGGUGGAGAAUAAGAUUUCAAGAAGAAUAGGGAAAGGUAAAUACUUUAAAAGUUAUCCGAUUGGAAGAAACAUUUUACAGGUUAAAGCGACUGGGGUAGACUUUGUGGUUGACUUGGAGAGAAGGACAUGUUCAUGUGGGAAGUUCCAAAUGGGCAAAAUCCCUUGCAGACACACAAUCAAAGGAGAUUUUGAUAUACGUACUGAUCUGUAUCGAUAUGCUGAUGAUAUGUAUAGCACCACCAGUUGGAGAGAGUAUUAUGAGGAGACUGUUAAUCCAAUAGGUAUUCCAGAGAACGAAUGGGGCGUCCCUGACCACGUUGAGACUGCAAAAGUUUUACCACCUGAAACAAGAAGACACCCUAGUAGACGAAGAAAACGAAGACAUAAACGGUUGAAGACAAGAUAA